AUGACAGAGAUAGGUGUUGGACUAAGCAAGAGUAGUGGCAUUGGAUUGAGUAGAGGAGCUGGACCAAAUAUAGGAUUAAGCAACGGCAAAGGUAUGACAAACAGAGGAGUUGGAAAUCAAACAGGUCAAGGUAUAGGGCAUGUCCAUCCUCAUGAACAGGGCUAUUCUCAAAUAACACCAAUUGCAUCAACUAAAGGCACUUCUUAG